AUGUCGUGGAAGUCAUACUUCUCGCUAUUUCAGAGACAUGAAACUCGGCCAACGCCCAAGUGCAUCUACAACAAGAGAAUCUACUGGAAUGCGAUCAUAGCGUCGUGGGUUGCGGUCAUCAUUGGCUACGAUGCCGGCUUCAUCGGUGGUGCGGUGUCGCUUGCCUCGUUCCAGAGAGAGUUCGGCCUGGACACGAUGAGCACGCACGACAAGACUAACACCACGGAGAUCAUCAUCUCCCUGUUCCAGGCCGGGGCGUUCUUCGGUGCCCUGGGCACCUACCCCGUGGCUGCGAAGUUUGGUAGAAAGUUGUCGCUCGCCGUGGCCACCGUUGUUCUGAUUGUUGGUUCUGCUAUCCAGCUGGCGUCCAAUUCGAGUUCCGGGCUGGGAGCCAUGUACGCUGGCCGUGUGCUCACAGGCGUUGGAAUAGGCACUGUCAGUAACGUUGCACCUAUGUACGCCGCAGAGAUUGCACCGCCUUCUAUCCGAGGCCAGCUCAUUGGUUUCUAUGAGAUUGCGUGGCAGAUUGGCGGUGUCAUUGGUUUCUGGAUCAACUAUGCCACGAGCGUCCAUUACUCCUCAGACGACAACAAGCAAUGGAUGAUCCCGGUGGGCAUCCAAAUCCUGCCUGCCGGUGUGCUUGCCCUUGUGCUGUGGUCAUUAGUCGAGUCUCCAAGAUGGUUGAUGUCUGUGGGGAGACGUGAAAAGGCUCUGGCCAACCUGUGCCUUUUGAGGAAGCUACCUGCUGAUGACGAGUACCUACAGUACGAAUUCGACAUCAUAGAACAGGAGAUGGCUCAAAAGGCGCGUGAAGUUGGAACCGGUAUCUUCGACCCUGUUAAGGGAUUGUUGACGUCUAAGAGUUUGAUGCACCGUCUUGGGCUGUCGACAUCCACGUUCAUCAUCCAGAACACCGUUGCCGUGAACGCUGUGAACUACUAUUCGCCAAAGAUCUUCCAGGCCAUGGGUAUCGACUCUGUUGAGUCCUCUCUGCUAUCAACAGGUGUUUUCGGUAUCCUGAAAGGUGUCUUCUGCCUCGUCUGGUCGGUGUGCAUCGUCGAUAGAUUCGGUCGUCGUCCUUGUCUGAUCUUCGGCCUCGUCCUGUGUUCGCUAUGCUUCUGGUACAUUGGCGCAUACAUCAAAGUUGCUGAUCCAACUGCUCGUAUCAGCUCAGGCAACUCCCAAAUCGACGGCGGUGGCCGUGCUGCGCUGGCGUUGUUCUACAUCUGGACCAUCGGAUACGCUCUCUCAUGGUCUGGUACCCCAUGGGUUUGGAACGCAGAGGUAUUCCCAACCUCUGUGAGAAAUGCCUCGUCUGCAGUCAACGCAGCGUCAAACUGGUUCUGGGCUUUCAUCAUUGCCAGAUUCACCAACCAGAUGAUAAACGCCAUGGACUACGGAAUCUUCUUCUUCUUCGCCUCCUGUAUGACGGUGUGUCUGCCGAUAUUCUACCUCCUGUACCCAGAGACCAAGAACAUCCCAAUGGAGUACAUGGACCAGCUCUUUAUGCACAAGCCAUGGAGAGCGCAUGCCAUAGUGAUGGAGCAGAUCAAGAAGGAUCGCAUGGAGUCGGACGGACUCGUCGAAACCUCCAUCACCUUGGACUUCAAGGACAGCAAUGAGAAGAGGUCUGAGACUGCAAGCACCGAGAUCAGACCUCACCAGAUGUGA